UUUAAAUUUGUUAAUAUUUAUCAAAAGCUGAUUGGAGACGAAAUGGAGUUCGCGCGAUUUCAACCUAGUCUUAAGGAUUUAUUACCGUUUUUACAGAUUUCCCGCGAUCAUGAUGCAAGCGAUUAUGUUAUUGCCUAUUGGUCGCGUCUAUAUGCCACCGAGGUGAUGCUUAAUAACACGACGAAGUCACCAGAAGCAAUGCAAUUGUUGAUGAUACUCAUGUACGAGAUGGAAGAAAUAAAAAACGCACAUGGUACUAAGGAAACAAUAGCCGUUAGAACUGCAGCCAAAGCUUAUAUGGAAAAUCAUGUACUUAAUUUGUUCGCUAAUGCAGACAAACAAGAUCGUGAAGGAAAAUUUAACACAAAUAUAGUUAAGACAUUUACUAAUUGUGGUGUUCUUUAUGAUGUGCUACAAACAUUUGGAGAUCUUACAGACGAAAUGGUACAUAAUCGCAAAUAUUCAAAAUGGAAAGCCGCUCAUAUUGACAAUUGCCUGAAAAAUGGUAAAACGCCGGUGCCUGGACCGAAAAAGUUCGAAGAAGAAAUGCGUGCAGAAGCAAUAGCUGCCAGAUAUGAAACAGCAAUGUAAACGCCGUAAGCGAAAACGUCAAUUGUUAUAGAAGGAUGCACCAACAUAAGUCAUAGAUUUAUUACCAGAAAGUAUUAUUUACGUUUAUAAAAUUAUUAAUAUUACAAAUAUCGAUAAGAAUCAUAAGAGAAAUGUAUACAUAUGCCAUCAAAUGUCAUUGUAAUCUAAAAUAUAUUAAACUAAAAUAUUAUUUACAUAAA